GUGCAUCAUCCUCCUUCCAGUAGUCGAAGGUUCAAGCGACCGGGACAGCCGCUCUGCCGGACAGUGAUCACGUGAAAGUCUGUUUGUACGGAACGAAAAUAAUUACACUGCAGUUCUACUCCUCAGAAGGCACUAAAACUUUCACUGAGAUGUUUGGAAAAACGGCUAUUCUAUUUACAACUGUCCUGUGUUUUGUGACUUUUGGAGAGUCAACGGAUGUUCUCAAGUGCAAAAAUGGUGGAAGCUUCGAUACUAUCAAGUCCAUCGUAAUAACAAAAUGCGAACAGCCACCAUGCCUAUUAAAGCGUGGGACUAGGGUGGAACUGGUUCAACAAUUUGUUCCCGAGAAAAAUGUUGAAAAACUUACCACAUCUGUCCAUGCAACACUAUUGGGAGUACCUCUGCCAUUCGUUGGAGUCGAUGGCACUGACGCAUGCCCAAAUAUUUUCGAUGCCGAUGGAAAACCUGGAUGUCCACUCAAAGCAGGCACCCAGUAUUAUUAUAAAAAUGGAUUUCCUGUUCUUAAUUUUUACCCCACGGUCGACCUGGUCGUUGCCUGGGCACUGCUGGAAAACAAUGUGCCACUCACGUGUUUCGAAAUUCCAGCAAAAAUCAUUCGUUAAAAAUACCAUUUAAUUUUUCCUGUCGUUCUAAGGACGAUUAUAUUCAUAAAUUAAGUAAUAAAAGUCUCUUUUUACUUUCGAUUUA